GGAUUACAGCGAAAACUGCUUGAAAUCCGACAGUCGUGCUGAUGGUGUUACGGCCCAGCACAAAUGCAUGGACCUGACUGGGUGAAAGCGCUGAGAGGGAAUUUUUACAUGCGGCAUCCUUUUGUUCCUCUGGCAAAACUGCACUUGUUACUCCUUGGCUUGUGACCUGACAUUGAUGGUGUGAUCUGGCGGGGACAGAUGGUGGCUGUUCCUUAGGGAAAAGCAAAGCUUCGUUCCGGUUUAAUGCCCCACUCAUUCCACAGUCAAGUUUCUCAAGAGAAAGUGCCAAGUGGCAUACAGUUAUUCAAUGUUGUGUGCGCUGUGGCAGAAAUUUUUCAGGAGGCGGCCCGAGAGUAAUUUAAGGGCAAGGAGUACGUGGAAUGGCCUGCUAGUGACAUAACCGUCAAAGACAUACAGCGCUUUCCUUCUAAAUCAGUUGUUUAGGCCCAGGGAGCAAAAGCCCACAUCCACUCCCUGCAGGCCCAUGGUGCACAAAGGGCGCCCCUCCAGCCCUUUGAUUUCCGGCCUUUGUUCAGCCUGGCUUCCCUAUUGGCUGGAACCUCCGGAGCCCCGCCUCCUCACGUGGAGCUCUUGGGCGUCUCGUGAGGGGCGGUGCUUUGUGACGCACCCAUGACGUCUCCAGGGCUAUAAAAGGCUCCACCGGCUCUCGGUCCUUUAGGAGCCGCCGGCAAGGGGUCAACGAGGAAGCUGUAUAAGUCGUAGCGGAAAGAAGGAAGGGAAUAAUUCUCUGGAUAUAAAAGAUCUAGUUAAACAAUUCCAUCAGAUUAAAGUAGAGAAAUGGUCAGAAGGAAUGAUGCUGGAGAAGAAACUAGAGCGUUUAAAAGAAUGUGAAGGAACAUCUGUGGUCUUCCAAGAACCUACACGGAUGGAAAAAUGCACAGACACAGAGGAGGACAGUGUUUCGGGACCACAGUUCAUCAACAAAACCACCCAGUUUCCACUAGUUAGCACAGAGUGCCUGCAACCUGAGGCGGCAGCUGACGUGGUCCGCAGUCCCUCCAAGCCAGCCACGCCCAAGGCCACCACCCCACCCCGCUCACCAUCUCCAGCUCCCGUCUCGGCAGAGUUCGCUUAUGUCCCAGCUGACCCGGCUCAGUUUGCCACUCAGAUGCUAGCAAUAGCAACAAGCGAAGCAGGACAACCACCACCAUAUUCUAACAACAUGUGGACUCUUUAUUGUCUAACUGAUAUGAAUCAACAAAGCCGCCCAUCACCGCCACCUGCACCUGGGCCUUUCCCCCAAGCAACCCUCUAUUUAUCUAAUUCUAAGGAUGCCCAGUUUCUGCAGCAGAAUUCACCAAAAGUUACUUCUACUUACGUGAUGAUGGAUGACAGCAAGAAGACCAGUCCCCCACCUUUUAUUUUAGUGGGCUCAAAUGUUCAGGAAGUGCAAGAUUGGAAGUCUCUUCCCGGACACGCUGUUGUCUCCCAGGCAGAUGGCCUGAAGAGAUUUGCUACAGUCCAAGUGCCCAUUGCUGUCGCUGCAGACCAGAAAUUCCAGAAACACGCCCAGAGUCCCCAGAAUGCCAGUCCUCCUACAAGUGGGCACGAGGGCCACAGGCCACAAAGCCCAGUCUUUCUUUCUGUUGCUUUCCCAGUAGAAGAUGUAGCUAAGAAAGGCUCAGGAUCUGGUGACAAACACACUCCUUUUGGAAGUUACGGUAUUGCUGGAGAGAUUACUGUGACCAGUGCCCAUGUGCGUAAAACAGAACCUUAAAUCCGGUAGGUAUUUUUUCCUGCCGUGCCACAGAGGCCUUCACAUACUUGCGCGCUCUGCAUUUUGAUAUGUCAACCUGGAGAUUUAAGAUAUUUUAAAAAACUGAAUUGAUAAUAAUACUUGAGUCGGGGCAUAUUUAAUUUGAUGGGUUGUCUCCACCUGCCUACUAGUUAUUAAUAAAGGCCCAAUAUGUGAUCCAAGCAACCUUGUCACCUCUGCCUAUGUGGUAGAUUGAGAGAUGCAGUAUUAUAGCAGGCUGAGGCCAGGGGGAGGAGCACGGGGAGAGCAGGCAAGAGCUCAGGCUGUGGGAUUAUCCAUGGCGUACACAGUGGCUUCUCUGGAGACACUGAAGAGGUAAAGUGACAACUAGAAUGGAGUUCUCAAAGCCUCAGUUCUCAGUACUUACUGUCUCGAAUGCCAACUAUUGGGUACAGACCACGGAACCUACACAGUGGGCAAGACAAGGACAGGAUGUGAAGUAUAGAGCCCGCCUUUCAUGGUUACCGUAGGCCUCUUCUGGCCAGGCGGCUGGCUGAGGUAGGAAACGCUAGGAUCCCUUAGUGUGAAAGCAUGCUAACCAAGAGGUUAGAGCCGCAGGAGGCCGAGCCUUGCAUUUCUGCUCCUGUGUAGUUCACUUGUUUACAUUCCCAACAGAUGCCAAAAAUGACACCAAAUCAUCACUCAAGAUGGAGUCUGCCACCAAGGGUAUCAAUAAACUUCCUGCAGGCACUAAACCUUAUAUAUGUGCUUAUUUUAUAAUAUAGGAGGCACAAACCAGUGAAUGCCAAAUCCUAAAUCUU